AUGCUUCGACUUCGCCACCUUGACCGCCCUUCCAGAGGAAUCUAUGAAGCACCAUCGAAAAUAGCGCUAAGUCGCCGUGAGAGAUGGCGUGCGGAUUAUGAGUACGGUGUUUCCAUGGAACUCUACGACGUGUGUCUCAGCUACGAGUUCGACAACCUUAGUGCGCAAGAACUUGCUCUAUUUGCCUACGAGAAGUGGAACAUUCUUCUGUUGGCCCUCUACUGCACUGAUCCCUCAAGUCCGAAGAUCAUUCUUCAUCCGGCCAGUCAUCCAAAACUCACCAUCGACAUUACAACAAUGAAGGCAAUUGCAAUUGCAACCAAUUCCAGCGUUGUCAGCAAUUUGCGAAACUUUUGCACCGCCUGUAAAGCCCACGAGACAGGACGUACCUGUCAGUGCCCCAACCGCAUACGUUCAGUUAUCAGAGCGGUCGGCGAAAAACAACGGAAGCUGUCUGCUUCGGCCAAUCACGGCAACGAGUCACCGAAAUCUUCUGAUGAGGAGGAAAACGCUGAGGAGUCGGCCAACCCAGAAGGCAAUGAGCCCCCGACUGCUACUGGCAAGGAGGUUCCCCCCGAGGGAGCUGAGGAGGACACUUUCAGACAGGACCUUAAUGAACGAAUCCUACACACUGGCUACGAGCCCAAAACCGUCUCACUCACGUCUCCUCUACUUGUCGGCUCCUCCCCGCUCGCUGACCCCCUUCCCAUGCCCCAUCGGCCCUUCGUUCGAAAGCACGUUGAUAGCACGGGUACCUUUCAUUGGGUUCCCAAAAUACCCCUGAGCAAGGUGAAACUGACCCCAGCCGAGGCUGCGAGGUGUCGGUUCAGAGAUCACUAUCUUCUGUGUAUUGUCGGUCCCGUUGCCGGAGGCAGCUUGAAUCUCCGCAGUUUUGUUUAUCCCCUGCGUUUCUACUGGAUGGAGCCGCAGGACAUUGUCAUCCUCGGAGACCUCAGUAUUGUCACAGAUGCCGAGUGGGAGACGAUCAAUAAUCUGCCAAAUAUCACCUUGGUUCAGGGCAGCCCCUCUAGUCUGUCAACUCUUAAUGCAGUGCGCCUCAGCCACUGUGCGGCCUGUAUCAUUCUGGGAGAAUCAGUAGCCACGUCUGGUGACGACCAGUGUCUUCAGGACAAGAACACCCUCUUCUGCGCAAUGACUAUUCGCUCGCUGCUACGAAAAUCAGCAAGGCUCAUCGACGUAACGACUGAAUUGCACUAUGAACAAAAUGCCCACCACUUCAGCUCUGCAGAAUCGCACAAACUGGACUUUAAACUGCCCCUGCGCUUCCAGGAAUCCUUCGCGCGCGGUAUUGUCUUCAGCAACACCCUCCUCUACAGUUCCGUCAGUUCGAUGUACUUCAGUUCCGCGAUCCUCGACUUCUUUCGGGCUCUCUUCUUCGGUCCGGCAGUUGAGGAAUUGGAGUCCACCACUGCGCUCCAUUAUGGUGGGUUCGACUUAGAUAGCUGUCAAGAAGACUCAAACUUUUAA